AUGACUUCGAGCGACGGAAAUGCUCAGUCCUCUCCUGCCGACGCCCUCAAGCGAUAUAAACACCCAUUCACCGAGGACGGUGAAUGGCAAUACUACGCCACGAAGGAUGACGACCCUACGGAUAGGGACACCCCGCGUACGCUUAUCGAGCUGCGUAUGUGCGCUUUGAGCGCAGCGAUCCGCGAGAAGCCCGAGUGGUGGGUGAAGUUCCGGGACGAGAAGGUGCAGGCGAAAUGGAGGCAGGAGAUUAAGGUCCAGGAGCAGCAGCAGGGCUUGCAUCGGAGUCUGCAGCUUACGGAGAAUAUGAUAAACUAUAUCAUGGGCGAGCUUGAGGCGUAUGCAGCCCUUCGAGACCCGGAGACAGGCAUUGAGUUUGGUCCCUAUGAGCGGAUUUGGCAGUCGGAUCAAUUGAUCCCUGUGUCCCUGAAGGCUGCUCUCAUCUCAGCAGUCACACCUCUCGAGUCCGUCCCAGACUCGGUGAAAGACUGGCAUCCAGGAUCUGAUGGCAAGGUGCUCAACCUCGUUCACCCGUCACUCUAUCCUGUCGUCUAUGGGCGUACCAUAGCUUGCGGCUCACAGGAGCCUCUCCAACCUCAUGUGUCGGACGUCGCAGCGAUGUUCAAGUCGGAGCACUUCCAAUGGCUGCCCUCAGAGUUCUACGUCGAAGAGCAUGGCACGGUCAAGCUGGCGUCGCCGUAUAUCAACAACGUAGACCCGGAAGACUACAAGGAUCUGACGGAAGUCAUUCCUCGAGUGAUGGAGAAGGCCGUGCCGAUGUUUGAACGUGUGCUGUCUGACCUAGCGAGGGAGUUUGACUUGGAGCCCACUCCGGAUCGGGAACUAUGGCAGCAUUUCCGCUCAGAGCACGAUCGUCUCCAAGCCGAGGACCGGAAACACUAUGAAGCAGAGAAGGACAAGGUUUUAGACGCCGCCUGGGAUGUCUACCUGGAUACUCGAGCGAGUGAGGACGAGAAAUGGGCGGAGCCGCCGUAUCCGGAGAUGAAGGAGGUGAAGUAUUUCAACCGGUUCUUCGAUGAGUGGCAGGACGCACAGGCAGAGCAUAGAUGGCCAGAUAGCAAGCCGAGAUAUGAUGGUGGUCUGGACGACGUGAAGAAGACGGUGGACCUGCGGAGGACGACGCUCCAGGUUAUCGUGAAGCUGGCUAACAUCAUCCUGACCCCGGAGAAACCGGAGUAUGGCGGAGGAACGUGGCACGUAGAAGGGAUGGACAACGAGGCCAUCGUGUCUACUUUCAUUUACUACUACGACACGGACAACAUCACAGAAUCAACCCUCUCCUUCCGCAACGCAGUGAACGAGCCCCGAUACCAUAGCCAAUGCGACUACUACUGCAUGCGACAUCUCUACGACAUGUCGGCUGAUGAUAUCUGCGCCCAAACCGUCGGCGAGCUCGUCACCAAGCAAGACCGGUGCAUCGCUUUCCCGAACCUCUACCAACACCUCGUCUCGCCAUUCCGCCUCAUUGACCCCACCAAGCCGGGCCACCGCAAGAUCCUUGUCUUCUUCCUCGUCGAUCCGAACAUCAGGAUCCCGUCGGCGUCGACCGUCGCGCCUCAACAGGAGCCGUGGAUCCGGCGCGCGGUGGAGGGGACAGACCUCUGGUGGCGCCUACCAUUCGAGCUCCGGGAGAUGAUUUGGGCCCGCCUGGACCCGAUGUCGCAGGAGCAGGCGAAGAAGUAUCGGGAGGAACUCAUGAAAGAGCGCACGCUGAUCGUGAAGACGGUGGAUGAGCAGAGGUUCGGGCGAUUAUUUAAUCUAUGGGUGUACGCAUGGCAUUUCCGCGAAGAGUGUGAUAUAUAG